UCGAUUUGCCAAAAUGAGCCAGGAACGCUUGCUUUUGGACUUUAUAUUGGAAAGACUACACUCACGCCUGGAGCAUGCUGUUGGACGCGAGCCUAUUGACAUGGACUACCUGGAGUUCAUUUGCUCGCAAGAAUUUGUCUUUUUAAGUGCGGUUUCAAAUGUAGUAACUGUCCCACGAGAUGUUUUAGAAGCCGUCACUGAACUGCUCAGAGUAAUUCAACAACACCUGUCAGACAGGGAGACGCACUCUGUGACUGUUCUGCGGGAGGAGCCAGGGUCAAUGGGAAGGCCACGUUUCAUAAUAUCGCCAAAUUACAUUUCACAUCUCAUAGACAUGAACUGUUCCAUUCCAACCAUCGCUCGCUUGCUUGGAGUAAGCACACGCACCAUACUCAGAAGAAUGGCUGAGUAUAACCUGUCAAUUCGGGCACGGUAUAGCAGGCUCACAGAUGCAGAGUUAGAUGCCUGUGUUACAGAUGUAAAACUACAAAUGCCCCAUUGUGGAUACAGAAUGAUGAGAGCAGCGUUAAAAUCUCGAGGACACCAAGUGCAGUUCGAACGGGUCAGAGCCGCAAUGCAUCGCGUUGAUACAGUGGGAGUCAUGUCUCGAAUGACACAACUUGGCUGCGUUGUACGAAGGACCUACUCUGUGUCCAGUCCUAGGUCAUUAAUGCACAUUGACACCAACCAUAAACUGAUCCGCUACAAUAUUGUCAUCUUUGGAGGUGUGGAUGGCUUUUCACGCAAGGUAAUGUACCUUGGAGCUGCAACUAACAACCUAGCUGCUACUGCCUUGGACUUUUUUCAAGAAGCAGUGGAAACAUUUGGCUUCCCUCUUAGAGUACGUAGUGACCAGGGCAUCGAAAAUGUGGACAUUGCUCGCCUGAUGUUCAUGAUUCGUGGGACAGACAGGGGCAGCUUUAUUUCCGGAAAAAGCGUCCACAAUCAACGUAUAGAGAGGUUGUGGAGAGAUAUCUGGGCAUCGGUGACCAAUGUGUACUAUGAUGUUCUACAUGCUUUGGAAGAAGCUGGACACCUUGAUGUUUCUGACCCUACUCAUCUGUUCUGCUGCCACUAUGUAUUUCUCCCACGACUUCAAGAUGGUCUUAACCUUUUCCGCACCACCUGGGACAAUCACCCAAUACGAACAGAGGGCAGCAUGACCCCUAACCAGUUGUGGGUGUUGGGAAGUAUCCAGCAUCCUGUACCUGAACCUGAUAUAGAGGGAUUGAGCAUACCGCACAUUGAUUGGGAGGACAGUCGACUGAGUGUUGAUGCACACUCUAAUAUUGUUGUGCCGACAACUGCAUGUCCCCUGACGGAUGAACAAAUGCAAGCACUCAGAGAAAUCGUAGACCCUAAAAGACAUUCAGAGACUUUCGGCUGGGACAUAUAUUUAGCAGCACUUGAGUUUUGCCAAGCAGCUUUGGAACAAUUCUGAUCCCUUUUUUAUGCAAACUUCUACUAUUAUUAUUGAAACAUCAAUACCUCAUGGCUCAUAAUAUGAAAAAGGAAGCAGCUAACUGUUGUUUUGUUUCUGGUUUUUCUUAAGUGAUGUACACAUAGCGCACACUUUAUUCAAGAAGUAAACAGUAUGGCUUAACUUCAACGUUUAAUUGGAUACAUUUCACCAUUCAAGUACUAAGUAACUGUAUGGGUUUUGUACAUUUUAGAAAACAUACAAGUAUUUUGUAACCUACUUUUUUAUUUUAUUUCCAUAUAUUUAAGUAAUUAUUUUUGCUCUAUGCUAGUAAACAUACAAGUAUUUGCUAGACUCCUAAUUUGCAAUAAUUUUAACAUUUCAAUCCUUAGUAAACUGGAUUUUCACUGUUAUUAAACAUAAGUACUUACUACAACAAAGUACUUAAACAAAAACCUGAGAAGAUAAAUGCAGUAACCGCAUUGAUUACAGUCUUUCAGUGACGUUAUGUUAAACUGUGCAUCUAAAAAUUACACAAGCCCAAAACCAUACUUGCAAACACCAAUGCACAUAAUCAAGUCUUUUGAAAAGGAGUGGAACUCUGUGUAGUGGCCUGGUAGUCGAAGAAUACAAAAGCAGGUGGAGGAUCGUGGAAGAUCGCUUUUUACAACUUCCACAGCCAUGUUUUUUUCAAUCCGCUCCCAUCCGACCCAGAACCGCAAAAGGUUUUUAAGAUCUUUGCUGGAUCCUGAAAAGGCAAAAUAAACAGUUAAGUAACAAUUAUAAAAAAAAGGACAAAGGCAGCAAAAAGGUCGAUAAAACUUGGUUAUGAAAAGUGAUUAAAAGCUUUAUGGUCGGUUUCAUAUCAUACUUGUAAAUAUAAACUCAA